AUGCACUCCGGGCAGAGCCCUCUCGCCACUCCAGCACGCCGCCGCAAUGCCGACCACCUUGACAUUACCGACAUCCCUCCUACGCCCAUUACCCACCUCUCCGAGGUUGAGGCCGCGAUGCAGGAGACGGUGAGCAAGUUCGCCAACGACGUGAUCGCACCCAAGGUCCGUGAGAUGGACGAGGCGGAGAACAUGGACCCGGCGAUCGUUGAGCAGCUCUUUGAGCAGGGACUUAUGGGCGUCGAGAUCCCCGAGGAGUACGGCGGCGCCGGCAUGAACUUCACGAGCGCCAUCAUCGGCAUUGAGGAGCUCGCACGCGUCGAUCCCAGUGUCAGCGUCCUCGUCGACGUCCACAACACCCUCGUCAACACCGCCAUCAUCAAGUGGGGCAGCUCCCAGCUGAAGCAGCGCUUCCUGCCCAAGCUCGCAACCAACACCGUCGGCAGCUUCUGCCUGAGUGAGCCGGUCAGCGGCUCCGACGCCUUCGCGCUGGCGACCAAGGCAACCAGGACGGAGAGCGGGUACAAGAUCAGCGGUUCCAAGAUGUGGAUCACCAACUCCAAGGAGGCCGACUUCUUCAUCGUCUUUGCGAACCUCGACCCCGCCAAGGGGUACAAGGGCAUCACUGCCUUCAUUGUCGAGAAGAAUGCCAAGGGUUUCUCGAUCGCCAAGAAGGAGAAGAAGCUUGGCAUCAAGGCCAGCAGCACGUGCGUCAUCAACUUUGACGACGUCGAGAUCCCCAAGGAGAACCUCCUCGGCGAGGAGGGCUCUGGCUACAAGUACGCCAUCGGUCUACUGAACGAGGGCCGUAUCGGUAUCGCUGCUCAGAUGACUGGUCUUGCCCUCGGCUCGUGGGAGAACGCCGUCAGGUACGUCUGGAACGACCGCAAGCAGUUCGGCCAGCUCGUCGGCGAGUUCCAGGGCAUGCAGCACCAGAUCGCGCAGUCGUACACCGAGAUUGCCGCGGCGCGUGCGCUGGUCUACAACGCGGCGCGCAAGAAGGAGGCCGGCGACAACUUCGUCAUGGACGCCGCCAUGGCCAAGCUCUACGCCAGCCAGGUCGCCGGCCGCGUGAGUGGUCUCGCCAUCGAGUGGAUGGGCGGAAUGGGCUUCGUCCGUGACGGCCCCGCCGAGAAAUUCUGGCGCGACAGCAAGAUCGGCGCCAUCUACGAGGGUACCAGCAACAUCCAGCUCAACACCAUCGCCAAGUUGCUGCAGAAGGAGUACACCGUCUAA